AUGGGUAUCACUGAAACAUGCUCAAGAUUAUUAGGAGACUUGGUGCACGCCAUUGGAGGAUCUUCAAGAUCGAUGAUGAUCGGCUCGGAAACUCACACCCUUGAUGAACAAAACCACCAAGCCUGCAAACGACAAAAAGCAGGCAAAGUUGACGACUCAAUGGCAAGAGCUCUCAUCACCGUUUUUGGCAUGCAAAACGACGGAAGAAUACACAAGGAGAAGGCUAGGAAAGUUGUGGAGAAGCUCGGUUUGAUACGUGUGGAGGAGGCGGAGGUUUAUGACGACAAGUCCUCCGCGCAGGGGUUUGACUUGCCAGGAGACUAUGAUGGUGUGGAGGAAGUGCCUGUGGAGGAAGUACUUGAUGGAGAAGAAUUAAUGGAGAAUAGUUCAAAAAGAAGUGAGUUGCUUCAUCAAGCUUUCAAGAUCUUUGAUGAGAAUGGCAAUGGAUUUAUAGAGGCGGUGGAGUUGAAGAGGGUUUUGGAGUGCUUGGGGUUGGAUUGUGGGUGGGGCAUGGAUGAGAUUGAGAAGAUGUUGAGAGUUGUGGAUUUGAAUUUGGAUGGGAAGGUUGAUUUUGGUGAGUUUGAGUUCAUGAUGGGAAUGAAUUCUCAUUCUUAA